UGGAAGAGGUUUUGUUGACGCCAGAGGUUUGCUGGGAAAGUUUUAGUUUGACGCCAUUUUGCUCCCAGAAACAGGGAGAGCAAAAGAAGGUUGUGGCAAUAAAACCUCCAAACCAAACUCCAGUCACGAUGGCGAGUCCAGGCAAAGACAGCUACCGGAUGAAGAGCUACAAGAACAAAGCCUUGAAUCCUCAGGAGAUGCGUCGCAGGAGAGAGGAGGAAGGAAUCCAGCUACGCAAACAGAAAAGAGAGGAGCAGUUGUUCAAAAGGAGGAAUGUUUGUGUCCCAUCAAAUGAUGAGUCCAUGUUGGAGUGUCCCAUUCAGGAUCCAGACAUCAGCUCCACUGUACCUGUGGCAGGUGAUGGUGUCAUUACUCCAGAUAUGAUUCAGAUGAUCUUCUCUGAUGACCCAGAUCAGCAGCUAAUUGCCACACAGAAAUUCAGGAAGUUACUCUCCAAAGAGCCCAACCCACCCAUAGAUGAGGUCAUUUCCACUCCAGGUGUUGUGAAUCGUUUUGUGGAAUUCCUCAAAAGAAGUGAGAACUGCACUCUGCAGUUCGAGGCAGCCUGGGCGCUGACUAACAUCGCCUCAGGUACCUUCCUGCACACCAAGGUGGUGAUAGAAACUGGAGCUGUUCCCAUCUUCAUCGAACUGCUCAACUCUGAGUAUGAGGACGUCCAGGAACAAGCGGUGUGGGCGCUGGGGAACAUAGCUGGAGAUAACGCUGAGUGCAGAGACUACGUGCUCAACUGUGGCAUCCUACCAUCUCUGCAACAGCUGCUCGCCAAGUCCAACCGUCUCACCACAACACGCAAUGCAGUGUGGGCUCUGUCCAACCUGUGCAGAGGAAAGAACCCACCGCCAGAUUUUACCAAGGUGUCUCCCUGUCUCAGUGUGCUGUCCAGGCUUCUGUUCAGCAGUGAUCCAGAUGUUCUGGCUGAUGCAUGUUGGGCUCUGUCCUACCUGUCUGAUGGCCCCAAUGAAAAGAUCCAGACGGUGAUCGACUCCGGUGUUUGCCGCAGACUGGUGGAGCUGCUCAUGCACAGUGACUAUAAGGUGGUUUCUCCUGCUUUACGUGCAGUGGGUAACAUUGUGACUGGAGAUGACAUCCAGACACAGGUAAUCUUGAAUUGUUCAGCACUGCCAUGUUUACUACACCUCCUCAGCAGUCCUAAGGAGUCCAUCAAAAAGGAGGCAUGCUGGACUGUGUCCAACAUUACAGCAGGAAACAGAGCUCAGAUUCAGAAUGUGAUUGAUGCCAACAUCUUCCCCGUGCUCAUUGAAAUUCUUCAGAAGGCUGAGUUCCGCACGAGGAAGGAGGCAGCGUGGGCGAUCACUAACGCCACCUCUGGAGGAACUCCUGCACAGAUCAAGUACCUGGUGUCUCUUAAUGCCAUCAAGCCCAUGUGUGAUCUGCUGACAGUAAUGGACUCAAAGAUUGUCCAGGUUUCCCUGAAUGGUCUGGAGAACAUCCUCAGACUGGGAGAGCAGGAGGCCAAACAAAACGGAACAGGCAUCAACCCAUACUGCGCCCUCAUCGAGGAGGCUUAUGGUCUGGAUAAGAUUGAGUUCCUGCAGAGCCACGAGAACCAGGAGAUCUACCAGAAAGCCUUCGACCUGAUAGAACACUACUUCGGCGUGGAGGAGGAGGACUCUAGUCUGGCGCCACAGGUGGACCAGAGUCAGGGUCAGUUCAUCUUCCAGCAGCAGGAGGGACCCAUGGAGGGGUUCCAGCUCUAACCCCUCCUCUCCCACAUCCAAAACUCCACUUUGUUUCUUCCUGGGCUCUAGAAACCCCCACAGAGACCGCGGCCUCUUCAGGGGCCAACUCAGACCGCGGGGCCCUUACCUGGUCUCUCCUGGGCUCGCUCCACCAGCUCCUCCCUACACCUUCACUUACUACACCAUCACAGCAACACAAACACAACAGAUUUGUGAAUACGGAGGUGAAAGCGGCUCUUGUCGCUGUUGGACACAUUCAGAGCCUGAAUCGAGGACUUGGCCGUGGAAAGCCUACUUCUGUUCACACGAAAGAAAGAAAGAGUCCAUGUUUUUUCUUUAUCUCUACAGAAAAAUACUCCUUUGACUUUCUGUGAUCUAAUUUCUCUCAUGCUAGACGAUGAUAUUUGUGUUACACUUAGAAGCCGGUGUCUCCAAAUCAGCAUCCAUAUCUGUUUUCGAAUGUGAAACUACCUCUUUAGUCUUCAGAGAAUGGAAGGGUAACAAACAGACGGAGGGGGAAGCCCUGAAGGAACAGAGAGCUGCAGACUGAUGUUGGUGUUUGUUGCAGACAGUUGUGGGUGUAAAUGCAACACGUCUGAAGCAGCUGCACGUCAUACUCUCUGGGUUCUUUCUCCUCUUGUGUUGAUGACUUUCUGGAGAUUCAGGGGUGGGACUUUAUUUAUUUGUCUUCAGAGAGCUUUGGAGGAGCUAUUCUUUUUCUUUUUGCACCUUCAGCUCUGACUGAAGGCACCUGCAUCCUGGAUUAUAUAACCAGUCAACAGGCCAUGCUUUGGCCAACCCAGUCACAGGAAAAAGUUGUUACCAUUGAGCUUUUGCAAACCACCGAUAGAUAUGAUCUCAGAAAAUACCUUUCAUAUCAGCAUUUCCCAGCUUCUGUUUGUCAGCAUUUUGGUGUUCUAACAAAGUCAUUUCCUACAGGUUUUAUUUUAUAUCUUCAGGUGGGUUUACAAAUUCCAGGUUUUUAGGUUUUGGGCAAGGAAAGCACUUCGGUUAGGGUUAAGAAAAAGACAUGGUUUGGUGUAAAUGUUAAAUGCAUCCAGAUGGUGGUAUCUUGUCCUAAGAGUCAUAAAGUACUAUCAGAGCAUAGACCUUACCAAAGCAUUGUUUGAAUAUUUGCAUUUGAACAUAGUCUCUGUCAAACCUAAUUCUAACAGUACAGACCGAACAAUACAGAAUUAAAUUUUUAUAAAAAAAAAAAAAAAAAGUGCAUUAUGCACGUGUAAUGACAUUUACAUGUAUGUCAAUUUAUCAUUUCUAAUGUGUAAAUGGAUAUUGGAGCCUGUAAUACUUGUUACCGGUAGCUUUGAAGUGUCAAUAAAGUGGCAAGAAGCUCAAUAUUUUGUACUUUUGCUGCAUAAAACUACCCCUAAAAAUCAUUAAAUACUCUUCAAUGAAUACAGUUGUAACUUAGCUGCAACAACCAAGUGAAACCAAUGGAUUGUGUUAAAGUGUAGUACCAUUGAUGACCACUAGAGGUCUUCAGAACUGCACAGAUUUGCAUUGAGUAAUUUUUGCAGGAGUCGUUUUACUUGCCUGUUUCAAAGCUUCUGUUUUGUAGUUUAGUUACAUUUUACUUUUUCCUAAUGAACAGUUUGACUUUAGUUGUGGUAAGGUAGGUACAAAUACAUUAGCCUUAGCUUACAUCUGGCCCUUGGCCUUCCCAAAUUCUGCAUUCUUGUCCAAAUAAGAUCACUUCUGGUUCUAAAAACCAUGUUGAUGAUGGCCAAAAUGCUAAAUAACACCUUUAAGACAACACCAUAGUGGCUACGUUCACUUUUAUUCAGGCUAAACUGCUGAAAUUCUACCCUUAAAAAUUGGUUAAAUACUAAAUAUGAACAUUUGUAACACUUUAAUGUUGAUAUACACAUACCUAGAAAUGUUGAUAUGAAAUUAUCUUUGGUUCAGAGAUGUUGAAAUUCGAGAUCUCCAUGGUUUGCAGACGUGUACACUAACAUUUUAUUCUCGUGACUGUGUUGAACUGAUGAAUCUGUAACAGUGUUGGUGGUUCUGUCGUUUUUGCUGCUUAUUUUAAAUGAUGCUUAUUUCUAAAAGCAGUAUCAGGGCAAGACGGGUGCUGUCAUGAUACGUGAUGCAGUGUGUGCAACUUCUUUUUUUUUUUUUUAGUUACCCUAAACUAGCAACAUGAUAUAUCUUUAAAUUAUGUUUUUCUGCUUGCAAUCAUUUCCCUUGAUGUGAUGGGACUUGUUGACUAAAUCGGACGGGUUUGUAUAUUAUAUAUACAUGUAAGAAAACGGAAGGAAAGUAUUUAACAGGCGGUGAGACGGUGGGAUAUGCAGUUGUAGUUUGUGGCUGAUUAUGCAGUUCUAGUUAUUCCAGUCCAUCUCUGCUUUUCCUUUAUGCAUCCUCUGUUAUUUCAGUUUUAAUUCAAGGAGGCUCUUGUGUGCGGGUGAAAUCUUCUUCAUAUGGAAGCACUUUUUGUUUUUUCUUUUGCCUCUCAUCUUGUUUUCAAUACCUGCACAUGUGAGGACAGCAAUUGGUUGACAACCAAACGUGAAAUGAAUCUAGAUUUAUGUGAAAUAGAAAAUGUAAUGCAGAAUAUUACAUCAAUCAAGCACAUAAAUCAUGUAUAGUCUUCUAAUAUUUGUGGUUUGUAUGAUUGUAUAUCCUUUUUUUUUCCCUUUUUUUUUAGGUUUUUGGUAGUGUUUUUUGGGGGGCUUUUUUUUUUUUUCUCGCUGUGUUCUUGUGGCUCUCAGUAGAACUUCCAUGUUAGAACUGGAGCGGUGAAUUACUGUAUGCAGCCGCAGUCCUUGUGAAGUCCCAGUGCUUCAUUACACUGGCUGCCUGCCUCCUCUGUGUGGGAUGCACACUUAAUAUUGUGUAACAAGAAUUAAUAAACAGUUCUGUUGGAUACAAACCUCA